UCAUAAUGUUUGAGAGGCAUUCAGGCAGAAAACUGGAGAGAGUGACUCGAAUAUUUAAUUAGUUAAAAAACCGCUGAUCUUCGUCUCACAGAAAGGAUGACUGCUAAGAUAGCUGAUGAAGUUUCUGGGUCUCUCAGCGGAAUUAUAGACAGUAUUCCCAAAGAUGUGUACACAGCGGAGGGAGGUCUGCCUCCACAGAUUGUUUUUAAACAAGAGGCUGUUGGGGAGGAAGAGCUUGAGGGGAAACCUGGGGAGGAUGAAGGCGGUGAUCUUCUGUUCGAGGAGAAGAGCGCACAUGAGCUGCUGCUCCACGGCGACUUGGCACAAUACGUGGCUUCUUUACGCACACACCCUGUGUCGUUCACCGGGAAGUUUUCGGUGGACUCCAGAGGCGCAGGACAGUGGACGCCUGGGGACAUAAUUAACGUGGUCAGUGCUGACAUCUCCAACCCGGGACCGAUAACCGAGUCAGAAUCUUCCUCGGCAUCCCCAGACCUUUACGCAGCAGCUGGAGGAGGAGGAGGAGACGCAGCGGACGCGGGGGACUGUACCAUGGCGCACGGCCAGCCCGACAUCAGCCACAUGUAUGCGCCCCCUCACCCUCAUGCUCACCCCCAUCCCCAUGCUCACCCAGCGACCUCCUACUCCUGCAGCGGGGACAUGUACCAGGACCAAUCAGCGGGGGGCUACCUGGCGACGUCCACCUGCGCCGUGUCCUACCAUGCGCCUCCGUCCUACAACUCCAUGCCCAAACCAACAGUUGACAGCGCUGCGCUGCUCUCUAUUAUGCCAGAAUACGGGGGCUUCUACCAGCAGAGCUGCCAGAGAGACAUCCAGACGGCUUUCCCGGAGAGGAAAUCCCUCCCCUACCCACUGGACUCCCUCAGGGUCCCCCCUCCUCUCACCCCUCUUAACACCAUCAGGAACUUUACGCUCGGUGCGCCCUCGCCGGCUGCAGAGGGUCCGAUGGCUGCAGCUUUUCCUGGCCACCAGAGCCUCCCUCUCAGACCCAUUCUGAGACCCAGGAAGUACCCGAACAGGCCAAGUAAGACGCCAGUCCACCAGAGGCCGUACCCAUGCCCGGCGGAGAGCUGCGAUCGCCGGUUCUCCCGGUCGGACGAGCUGAGCCGGCACUUGCGCAUCCACACCGGCCACAAACCUUUCCAGUGCCGCAUCUGCAUGAGGAACUUCAGCCGCAGCGACCAUCUCACCACCCACAUCCGCACGCACACAGGGGAAAAACCGUUCUCAUGCGACCAGUGCGGGAGGAAAUUCGCGCGCAGUGACGAGAGGAGGAGACACAUGAAGAUUCACCUCCGGCAGAAGGAGAAAAAGUCAUCUGCACCCUAAUCCCCAGGGCGUGCGCGCGGCGUGAUGCUGCUGAAUGUAAACUUUAUGAAUUUGAACAUGACCCUCCUCGGCUUGUGCCUCAGUCUGCCUGCCAACAAAGCUCACGUGUUAUCCUGAUCUCACAAAAACAAAAGUCAUCUCUCGAAGCCAUAUCUUUAAAAUCAGGGAAAAUCAGAACCAGAGUUCCCAAUGAUGUGAUUGAGCAUGACGUCAUUGUUGAUCACAAUAACUAAAACAAUAUUCAUCACACAUCAGUCAGUGGACCUGAUCAUUAACUGACUCUUUCACACUCUACAAACCAUCAAUGAGUAUUGGGGAUUUUAAUUAAAUAAUUUGUAGAUGAGGUUUGGUUCACUUAAUACACUGUUGGUCUGAGUGGUGCCAGUGACCAGUUUCUGAGUGUGCCACAGUGUGCGCAGCUGCCUCAGCCUGUGGCAAGGCAUGAUUGUGUCUACUGUCUAUGCUUCAUAUUCUCAGGGAUUCAGUUACAAUUCAGGCUGCAAGAAUGAAACCACAAUCUUGUAGAUCAGCUGAAUAAUGCAGGGGAGUCUUCUGCUGCUCUGUCUCCAGCUGGGGGUGGUUUGGUUUCAAAAUGCAGUUAAAUGCAACAAAAAAGUAAACACAUAGUUACAGUGCUUUCAGACGUAAUAUUUAAAUCUGUUUCAAAAUAAUUCUAAACACACAAAUGUUACAACCUAUAACUAAAAUCAAAAUAAAUAUAUUUUCCUUAAAAAUGUAAAUAACUCAAGAUGACACAAAAAUUAAAGUGUUUUUUUAAGGGACUAUACAGUCGAGACAGAGACGUUAUGUUGUUUCAGUGUCACACAGAUAAUGCUUUUUUUAAAUCAAAAAUGUACAAAUGUAAGCUCUACAAUAUGUCAGAACAUCUGAAGGUUGAUAUUAACAUAAAACCACAUGCAAACUGGAACUGUUUUAGUAUGACACUGUCCGCUACUCAUCAUAUUUUUAAAAAAAGAGUGUUGGAGCAACCUGAGAGAUGCUGACAUCACAAUUCAGGAAGGGGAUUAAGUGAAAACUCAGUGAAUAUUUAAGGGCCUGUGUCCACUAAUGUGUUUUGUUUUUUUGCACUGUAGUGCCUAAUUCCAAACAACACCAAUGCAGUUCAGUAUUUUCAGAGCACUUAGUGUCCUCAGUGCAAACAUGGCAGAGGAGAAACUAAUCAGACUUACAUUUUCAUGGGUACAGUUUCAGGUCUGAGCUGCAGGACAUGAUUCCUCCCCUUGUUUUGAUGUUUCCUUUGAAAAUGAACUUGAAUAGAAUCACAUAUUAACAUGCAGAACAAAUAAAAAUCAGGGCGAGCAGAAGAGCAGUUAGACAACUUUCACAACCUGGACACUAAUAACAAGCGUUAUUUAGAAGUGCUCUGAAAUUGAGGUUGUGGUCGCUGCAAGCCAAAAAACGCUGUCAGUGGACACAGGCCCUAAUUGUAGAUGCAGCAGAAUCAAGCUUUUUUUAAUCCUGGUUUUGUAUCAUAUCUGGAAUGUUAACAAUGACAUUAAUAUGUUUGUUUUAUGCACAUGAUACAACGUUUUGUUUUAUUGCAGCUUUGUUACUUUGUUGGGAUGUUAUGACAUUGUAGCCUGAUAAUCUGUUUCUGUUUGGCUAGACUUUCUGUUGGCUGCAUUCUGGUGUGUUCAUGGACCUGUUGAUAUUUGUAAAGAACAAACCAGCAUUUUUACCUGAUGAAUGUGAGAGAAGGAGAGAAAGAGGCUAAUGAAAGCUGUGUUUUUUGUUUUAUAAUUUUUAUGCCAAAAAAAGUCGAGCACUAAAGCUUUUACUCUGCUGGACUGAUGCUUCUUGUCAAUGCAAUAAAUGUUGACUUGUCAAA